GCGGGAUCAGCUGAUGGGAACUGACUCACCAAUUCCCGGACAACAUGAAACAACAUCGAGCUGAGAAAAAGCACCAAACUGGACUUGUUUAAACUCUUAAGUUCUGUUGAGGGGGGUCAGUCUGAGCUGCCGGAUCCGGAUUCAGAGUCGUCUCCUGUGUGAAUUCAUGGCGAGUGUUUGAGAGCUCCUCCUCCUCGCUGCCUGACUCCAAAGUGAGCUGAAGGUAAACCAGACUAAAGAUGUUUGUGGGGGCGGUCUCCUCCUCUGCCCUCCUGUCUCCUGGGAGGGAAACGGCAGCGCUGCAGAUCAAUCCGGCCAACGUUCCCACCCUGGAGAUCAAACUGGGAGCGCUGGUGGUCCUGCUAUCCAUCACGCUGCUGUUUGGAUUCGCCCCACUCUGCAUCGUCCGAGGGGCGGGGCGCUGCAAUGUGGAUCCAGAUUUGCGGCGCAGACUGCUGAGUUUGAUCAGCUGUUUUGCUGGUGGAGUUUUCUUGGCUACCUGUCUGCUGGACCUGCUGCCAGACUACCUGCAGGGCAUCAAUGAGGCCUUCAGCAACACAGGAAUCAUACUCCAGUUCCCUCUGCCUGAGUUCAUCAUGGCCAUGGGCUUCUUCCUGGUCCUGGUUCUGGAGCAGAUCAUCCUGGCCUUCAAAGACCAAUCGUCCCCUCACAUAGAGGAGCGCCAGGCUCUGCUGGUGGACUCCAGCAUCCAGGCAAAUGACAAGAACGGUCACCACCGCUCCCAGCGGCGGCGUGGGUCAGAGGACUCCGACAGCGGCCACUUCCAUGUGGACUUCGGCUCCCAGUCCGCCCUGCGCGCCUUCAUCCUGGUCUUUUCACUGUCUCUGCACUCAGUGUUUGAGGGUUUGGCGGUGGGGCUGCUGGAGGAGGGGAAGAAGGUGCUGGAGAUCUGCCUGGCACUGAUGAUCCACAAGAGCAUCAUUUCCUUCAGCCUGGCUUUAAAGCUGUCCCAGGGCCGGCUGCGGCGCUCUGUUGUGGCCGGCUGCCUGCUGCUGUUUGCCGCCAUGUCCCCGCUGGGCAUCGGCGUGGGCAUCAGCCUCACCGAGACCAAGGCGUCCCCACAACACCAGUUGGCGCGGUGCACGCUGGAGGGGCUGGCAACGGGAACCUUCAUCUACAUCACCUUCAUGGAGAUCCUGCCGCACGAGCUUGGCUCCGCCAGGAACCGCAUCCCCAAGGUGGCCAUGCUGCUGGUGGGCUUCGCCGUGGUUACCGCCGUGCUCUUCAUCAAACUGUAACCACGGAAACACAGACACAAAACCAAAAGUUCUCCCACGUUUGAAUCUGCUGCCAUGUAUCACAGCGGAAUCCAAACCUUUGGUCUGUAACUUUUUGGAAAAUUCUAAAAAUGUAUUGUACAAAAGACAUAUUUCUGUGCUUUUGAACCUUACUGUGCGUUCAGACCAAAUGCGAAUUUAAGCGCGAGGGAAGAAAAACAAACGUUGCAAAUCCAAAAAACUAAAGUAAUUUAAUAAAAGCAGCUAACUCCGAGCUCCUCCCGAGGUAAACGGCGUUGUUUUCAGAGCAUAAUCCAGACCGACUACGGGUGUUUAUUGGUCCAAAAGCUCCCUGCUCUGUCCUCGACUGCUCCCCCAAGUUUAGUAGCUCUCCAUCGGCUAGGGGCAUUUUACUGCCCCGCUCUCCCUGGUCCCCGGCCCCCACCCCAAACUUUUUAAACCUACUAGCAAGGUUACAAUCAUUAACUAAAUAACCAAAACUAGGUGUGUAAAACAACAUUUUCAGUAACUGAAAAAUAAUGAGGCUUUACAAAAAACAAUAAGUAACGGAAGCCGUAUUGUCUUUUUACAAAACAAACUAAACUAAAAAUUACAGCGUAAAUGUGUUUAGUUUUUGGCAGUCUAUUUUACAGGGCCUACAUAAGCGUGGUAUUUUGGUUGGAUAUGAAAUCCAUCUUCCAGAUUCUUAGCUGUGCCAGAAUUAAUCAACGUCCCUGACUAAUACACCAUGUACAAAAUAAGAAUAAACUAAUAAAACAACUAAACUAAUCUAGCAAACAUUUUUUAAUAACUAAUUAAGACUAAACUGAACUUGAAAACAAAACGUCAAAAUAAAAUAAACACUAAUGAAAAAUAUAAAAUUGUAAUAAUUUUGCUUGACACCAAAAUCAAUCAUUAGUAUCUACACUGUCUCUCCCAAUACACAUGACUACUCCUGCCUGCCAACAAAUCAUAUACAAGUCGUAUUUUUACAAUCUUCAGUAGUUCACAUUUCCAAAAACAGCAAAUAUCUGCAACUAAAACCAUAAAAUUCAGUUUGUAGCCGUGGAAAUGUGUCCUGAUAGAGUUUAAAUCAGAUGUGACAAUAUGUGAUUUGUCUUUUUCUUCAGGCAGAAACAGAAAACACUUGUGUUCAGCGGGGAAAAACUCCACAUAUCCCUCCUCCUUUCACUCGAGUUAAAAGAAGUCUCUUAUUUAGAAGAAACUCCGCGCUGGACAAACACAAUGGGCUGGUUGUCGUUGUUCAGUCAGAGGGAAUUUACUACAGAGCCGGACACUGAGAGGGCAGAGCCGGCGGGUGGAAACCUUGUCUCUCUCCUGUUUAAGAUCAUUUAUUUUUGCUUUAACAGGCUUUUAUGAGCAGAGAUGUUCUGCAGGAAUCAUGAAAGUGUUGAUGUAACGAGAGUGAUGCACUUAUCGGGCACUUAGAAAUUUAUUUUUGUAAUUAUAAUACCAAAGUCUUUGAUCCAAAGUCAUUUUAAAGACUGCAGUAUUUUAGUCCUUGUGUUGAAUGUGUGAAAUAUGUGUUAUAUUAUGUAUUUGUGACAAUACAUGAAAAACUGAAUUUAACAUAAAAUAGUGCUUCAGAUCAUAAAGUGA